AUGAAUGAUCCGCUCCGCCCCGGCCUUCAGCCGAUAUCUCAUCUCAAGGCUGGGCCGACAACCUCCAGCUCCAGAUCCACCGCGCUGCCUUCCGCGACGACGCUUCAACCUCCUUCGCGUCCUUCCUCUCGACUCCGUACACAAAGAGAUUCCGGAAAGGAUGAUCCAGACUACUUUAGUGACAAAGCUACCACUGCCCUGAUUCGACGCGUCCUGUGCCCCCAAACGAGCAACCACGGAGCAACUUCCCCACAGCCUCCGGAAGAGCUGUUACCUCCCCUCACGAGCUCCAAUGACGUCGAUCGUCAACUCUACGCUCUUCUCGCCAUCAUAAUAAAAGAAUUUGUGUACUCGUGGUACUCGAAGAUUACACCUGAUCAGGCUCUUGUGAAUGAAGUUUUACAAGUAAUCGCGCAUUGCACGCGUGCACUUGAGCAGAGGCUGCGCCAAAUCGACGUUGCACAAUUAGCCUUGGAUGAGAUCCCUGGCCUGGUGGAAGCACAUGUACUCUCGUACAGACAGGCCAGGCAACAGUCACACCUUUCUGGCCUACCGACGUCGUACCGUGCGCUCUAUCAUGAGCUAAAUCCACACCCCGGUCUUUCUCCAGUGCCUGAUCCAGGAGAUCCAGAUACGAUCGCCGAGCAAAGCGAGAACGAAGCAGUCUAUCGACGACUACUCGCCAACGGCAUUCUAGCGGUUCUUCUUCCAACGGAGGACCUCGAAAACAGCAGUCUUCGGGCGCUAGUGGUUGAUGUUAUAGCAGAUCUGAUCCUGGGAAACCAGGUCAGUGGCAGGGCAUGCGAAGGAUGGUUCAUUUGGGAAACUAUAGGCAAACUCGCCGCUCAAGUGGGACGCCGUCAAACCCAAGAUGAGACCAAAUCCUCCCGGGACUCUCAAAACAACCGAUUAGAAAAAUUUGGCUUGCUUUCAACCGAGAACGAACUCCCAGACCCAUCGACGUCAUUCUCGGCCACUUGGAUAUGGAACCUUCUGCAGAAGAUUUAUCUUGGUUACGUCGUCUUGCGUUUUAUUACAGUGGGUUUAUUUCGUGUCGCAUCGAGUCCGGCCCCCUCUUCGCACGGUGUCGGUGUUUCACAUGCCUUGCCCAUUAACCAGAAAAGAUAUGAGAUGGGGUGGUCCGAUGGCACCAGUAGACGCCCGGUUCUCGACUACCGGAUUUAUUCCAUGGUUUCGCAGAUACUGGGAAUCCCAUGGAGAAUGCCAUGGCUGAGUGGGUUGCUCGCCCUAUUCCAACACCUUGUUUUGGCAGGCCCAGGCAGGGUCGGUGCCACCGAUGGAGUCUUUGAUAGAUUCCUCCAGGAAACCAUUGAGGAGUACGUGCUGACCCCCACUUUGUUGCCCAACCUUCUUCUUGCGACAAGGACCGCCUUGUUCCCGGCCAAUACCCGUCCAACAUCUCAAAUAGCGGCCGGGCAUAUUGAAGCUCCGGCCUCGGCUCUGCAGUCUGUGCAGACCCCGACACCCAGUCAGAAAGCCCUCGCGCCGGCCUCACUUAAUACUCCUAUUACGGAAGGAGUCACGGGCUCUGAUACGACUGAUAUCAUUAGUAAAACUAAUAAUUCGGGGAACAGCAGCAACAGCGGCAAUACUGGUGCCUCAACAGCCACCUCAGGUCACCCACUUUCUGCCAUCGCAGCCGAUGAUCCAACACCAAAGUUAAAUCAGUCGGCCGAACCGGUAAAACGGAACAGCCCCUCUAGGACGGAGAUCGCCGCUAUCAAGCGACGAUGUGCAGCUAGUCUCCUGGCCUUGAUUCCGCGCUCCGUCGCACGAACUUUUCUUGGUGUUCCCCCAUCGGCGCCUCCGCUCUACAGCAGUGAUGGUACCUGCAGCUCCAGCAGUUCGCCCUCUCCCGUCACCUCCCCACCCCCUUCCCCCGGUGCGCACCAUGGAGCUUUCCAGGAGGGGAAGGCAAAUCUGGCGUCAUCGCAUUCGCCUUUGCCUUCGGACCCCUGUCCAGCUACGUGUGGUCACCUUGCCGCUGAGCGGCUGCGCACAGACGAUAAUCUAUAUGCGGGGAUUGAUUGCGAGGAACUGCAUCUCCUGGAUAUAAUCGAACAUGAUUUUCUAGACCUCUUUGCAGAUGAAUACUGCAAUAAACAUCUAGUCUGGAGUAUUAUCGAGAAAGUGCUGGUCAAGGUUCUCCCUGAAAUGGCUGAGCGCAGUGUUGAAGAUUUAUUGGAGGAUCGUGGAGUGGCGUCAGUGCCGCCUGCUUUUGUAUAA